AUGACGUCUAGCACCGAGGCUGAGCAGCCGGUGCCUCUCGACCGCAUCAAGCGAUCCAACUCGCUCGAUGCGGGUGGCGCUGUGCUGCGCGCUUUGGCACGCUCACCGCACUACAAUGAAAAUCUACAUCAGCUAGAUGAGACCCAGCCCGUCCCCCCUUUGGACUUGGACGCUCCUGCGCAUCCGUCAUGGUACGAAUUCUGGGUCGUCAAGUGGGAGGUGCCUCGAAAACUCUUUCACUGUAUUACUGGCUUUGUGGUGUUGGGCCUUUACGUGUUCAAGCUGGAUGUCAACGCUGUGGUACGGAUACUGUUUUAUAUGUUCCUAGUCAUCGCGUCGGCAGAUGUUCUGCGUCUGAACUCACCCGCGUUUGAGCGUUUCUAUGAAUCGGUACUGGGUAUUCUGAUGCGCUCUGGCGAGAAGGAGCGCGUGAAUGGUGUCAUUUGGUACCUGGUAGGCGUGAUGGUGAGCUUGCGCCUUUUCCCUGAGGAUAUUGCUGCUGUGUCAAUUAUUAUCUUGUCGUGGUGUGAUCCUUGUGCAUCCACAUUUGGACGCCUCUUUGGCAAGCGUACACCUGCUUUGCCUGCACCCUUCUUUGCGCGACGCAAGUCCUUGGCUGGGUUUAUCGCCGCGUCACUGAUGGGCAUGCUAGUGUCUUACAUGUUUUGGGGCACUAGUAUUGCGCGAAUUGGCGAGCGCAGCACGGGCUUAUCCUGGGAGCCCAAUGGGGUGGCCACAUUUGGCACAAAGCGUGUCCCAGGCGCUCUGCGCACCGGCUGGCGUGGAAUUCACCAUGGCUUUGCUGUAUCCGACGUGUCCAUGUCCAGUCGGUUACGUGAAUUUUCCUCUCGUAAUGCCCCUGCCAUUCCCCCUUUGGUAAUGUAUAUCUCAUGUGGCCUUAUUGCGGGCUUUACAGAAGCUCUUGAAAUGGGCGGUCUUGACGACAACAUCUCGAUUCCAAUUCUCAGCGGCUUCUUGAUUUGGGGCAUGCUUUGGGUAUGGGGUUGGAUUGUCACAGCAUAG